AUGUACCCUGCUGUUUCUUUAUCUGCCUCCUAUCUACCCAUCCGCAAAUUUCAAGACCUUCCGAAAGAUGAUCACCAUACGAAAUCAAACCCAUACCUCUGUAGAGAAACUAAUCCGUUACAAAAAACGCCGCCAGAUGCCAAAUUUAGCAGAAGAAAACUGUUAAACAUUACUGGAGUGGAAGUUUUCGGAGGGGCUCUAGUUCAGCCUGCAAGUGCAAGAGCAUCUGAACCGGAGAGCCCGGCCGAAGCCACAUCAAGUAGAAUGUCAUAUUCAAGAUUUUUGGAAUACUUGGAUCAAGGUGCUGUCAACAAAGUAGAUUUGUUUGAGAACGGGACUGUGGCAAUCGCUGAGAUAUACAAUCCUGCACUGAACAAAAUCCAGAGGGUCAAGAUUCAGUUACCUGGAUUGCCGCAAGAACUCUUGAGGAAAUUCAAAGAAAAGGAUGUGGAUUUUGCUGCGCAUCCAAUGGAAAUUAAUAUGACAGCUUCCCUUCUUGAUUUGCUUGGAAACUUGGCUUUUCCAUUGAUACUUUUAGGCUAUGUACUUCUGCGAAGUUCGUCUCCUAAUACUCCUGGAGGCCCUAAUUUACCUUUUGGAUUAGGAAGGAGCAAAGCUAAAUUUCAGAUGGAACCCAACACCGGAGUAACAUUUGAUGAUGUAGCUGGAAUUGAUGAAGCGAAGCAAGAUUUUCAGGAAAUUGUUGAGUUCUUGAAGACCCCGGAAAAGUUUGCUGCAGUAGGGGCAAGAAUUCCAAAAGGAGUGCUUUUAGUUGGACCACCGGGAACUGGGAAGACGUUGCUGGCUAAAGCGAUAGCUGGAGAAGCAGGGGUCCCUUUCUUUUCUCUGUCAGGGUCUGAGUUUAUUGAAAUGUUUGUCGGGGUGGGAGCAUCUAGAGUAAGGGACUUGUUUAACAAGGCGAAGACAAAUUCCCCUUGCCUGGUGUUUAUCGACGAGAUAGAUGCUGUUGGAAGGCAGAGAGGAACUGGCAUUGGUGGAGGAAAUGAUGAAAGGGAACAAACACUUAAUCAAUUGCUGACAGAAAUGGAUGGUUUUACCGAAAACACUGGAGUGAUUGUCAUUGCUGCUACUAACAGACCAGAAAUUCUUGACGCUGCACUGCUUAGACCAGGAAGGUUUGACAGACAGGUUACAGUAGGAUUACCAGAUGUUAAAGGGAGGGACGAAAUACUAAGGGUUCAUAGUAAAACCAAGAAACUAGACAAGGAUGUUGAUCUUACUGUUAUUGCCAUGCGAACUCCCGGAUUUAGUGGUGCAGAUUUAGCAAACCUUAUGAAUGAGGCUGCAAUUCUAGCUGGUCGAAGAGGCAAACCUAAAAUUACGUUGCAAGAAAUAGAUGAUUCAAUCGACCGGAUUGUAGCAGGAAUGGAAGGAACCAAGAUGACAGAGGGAAAGAACAAGAUCUUAGUUGCUUAUCACGAAAUUGGACAUGCAGUUUGUGCGAGUUUGACCCCGGGGCACUAUCCAGUACAAAAAGUUACAUUGAUCCCUCGAGGACAAGCUCGAGGUCUAACAUGGUUCAUAUCUGGUGAAGAUCUGACAUUGAUCUCCAAGAAACAAUUGUUUGCAAGAAUCGUGGGAGGCCUGGGAGGCAGGGCAACCGAGGAAGUAAUAUUUGGUGAUGCAGAAAUCACAACUGGUGCAGCAGGAGACUUGCAACAAAUAACUCAAAUAGCUAGACAGAUGGUAAUUACAUAUGGAAUGUCUGAGAUUGGCCCAUGGGCAUUGAUUGAUCAAGGCGUGCAGAGUAGUGACGUGGUAUUACGAAUGUUAGCUAGAAAUCAAAUGUCGGAGAAACUUGCUGAAGACAUUGAUAAAUCAGUGAGACUUAUUAUAGAAAACGCAUAUGAAAUUGCGAAAAAGCUCAUAAGGAACAACAGAGAGGCAAUUGAUAAAUUAGUGGAGGUGCUGCUGGAGAGGGAAACACUUUCGGGAGAGGAGUUCAGGUCUAUCCUCUCUGAGUUUACUGAUAUUCCUUCAGAGAAUGUGAACAAGAGGCCUAUUAGAGAGUUGAUUGAGGCAUAA